CUCUUCUUGUAGGUGGUUGGCUGGAGGCUAACAGAGAUUGGGCAGCCAUCUUGGAUUCCCAGACCGGUGCAGCCAAGGACGCAGGGGACAACAUCACUGAGGAGGCCAGGACCAGAGGUGAUAUAGUGGAGUCUGCAGUCCAUGAGGACCUGCUGAUAUCAGGUGUUGCUGGCGGGAGAGAGUGGACCUCUGAGGCGGCUGGUCACAAACCCUGGCCCUGGAUCAGAACCCUGGAUCAGGAACCAUCGCGCUUCCUUCCCGAUUUGGAACUAGGACCGAACCAUGAGGGACAGAGACUCCACCACCACCACACAGAACACAACCAGUGGACAGGUGGACUGAACAACCUCAGUCCUGGUGGUCAUCAGCGAGAUGGAGCGUCCAGUCAGGUAUCCAGUCUGCAGUCCAGAUCCUUCUCUCCACAGUCUCAGUACAGGGAUGAAGCAGGGCCUGGGGCUGAUAGAGAUAGACCCUCCUGUUCCUAUGAUACAAACAUCACAGUAUCCAUGAUGAACAGAGCAGGUCAUCCUGGGCUUCAGCCUUCAGAGAGAGUGGUGGGAGACCCCUCUGGUGGUAGUCUAUCAGCAAGUCUGUCUUCUCCUUCAGGAUCUCGUCUAAUGCCUAGUGACUGGGUUCAUAGAAGACCUGGGUCUAGCCUUCCUCAGUUACCUCAGGUUUACCACACCAAUACAGACAUGGUCAGGAUGGGUGUUCACCACAAGAGGUACCUAGCCCAUAACACAGAACACAAUCCCAACAACACCCAUACAAUGGCUAGAGGUCAAGGAAGGAGCUCAAAGACUAACCACCUGAGGGUGGUGGCUCCUGCUUCUACCUCUGGUGUCAUUGGCUCACAACGUGGGAGGCCAAGCGUUAGGUCGGACGCAGACAAGCCGCAUGCAUGUCCCACAUGUGGGAAGCGUUUCACUGAGGCGAACUAUGUGAAGAGGCACCAGACUGUUCACACCAAGGAGAGGCCCUUCAAGUGUAAAUUGUGUUACAAGAGCUUUGCCUUCUUGAGUAACCUUAUCAGACAUAAGAGUGUCCACAAUGUGAAGAAAUUGUAGCAAUGUGGCUUGAGAUGUACAAAAGGGGAUAUCUGAGAACCAUUUUUUAGCUAAUAUAAUUAUCAUGUGAAGUGUCUUGGGGCAAGAGGUUAAUUAAUCACAUACCCCUCCUUAACCCUUUGUUAACUGUGUAAAUGCCUGUUUUUAGAGAGACAAUAGCCUAAACCUAGGCUAGAACAUGGACAGUUGAAUAUUUACCGUACUGAGGUGACGUAGACGGAAUAAAGUAAUUAUAUUGUA